CCGGAACACAGAACUUGAUGUAGACGGCGACAUCGAGAGAACUUUUAGCAGCGUCAAGCUUACUCUGAUCAUUUGAAUCAUGCUCUAGACGCACGAACUCUUGCAGCUGGAUAUGCUCAUGGCCAACGAGCAUGGCGAGAAGCAUGCUGCCGAUGUUCUUUCGAGCAGUGGAAAUGAGGACGCAUCUCCUGGCCCAAAUUCGGAAAAGGAACAAGACUCAGCGCGACGAGAUGUGAGAGGUAGAAAUGAAGCAGAGGGCAUCGUUCAAGCCGAUCGCGCAAAAGACGAUGACUUCGGAAUGGAAAAUGAUGACUCUCCGUUCGAAGGCCUGGGAGAACUGGAAGCACCACCUCCGGAUGAGAAUCCAGACGAGAGCAGAUACUACCGCAGAGGAAGCCUUGAGACGACGCGUUCCGAGUCACGGAGACGAUCGCAAUCCAGAUCGAAAACAGAGCCAAGACCUAGUCAAUACCUGCUCCAUCUGUACACGUACUCGUACCUAAUCCUGUUCUCAAUCUUUGGCACUCUCGCUCGUCUAGGUACCCAAUGGGUUGCAAAUUACGCCAACGCUCCGGUGACGCCGAGUGAAUUGUGGGCGAACGUCGGGGGCUGUUUGGUCAUGGGCUUUCUGAUGGAAGACCGCGCUCUGUUCCGCACGCCGCAAAAGAGCCGCUCGGAGCCGCCGGCGAGGCUGAAGGUCGAUUCGGACUCCUCGGACGCGGAGAAGUUGAACAAAGACUUAGCGGUCCUGCAGGGCGAGCUGGAGAAACGCAAGUCGGGAAAGGCGCAUCUGGCGUACAAGAAGACGCUGCCGCUCUACAUCGGCCUGACCGUGGGUUUCUGCGGCUCGUACACGUCUUUUUCGUCGGCGAUGCGGGACGCUUUCCUUGCGCUCUCCAAUGAUCUCACCCCGAAGAACGCAAGUUCCGGCUCUCGAAACGAUGCGUGGAGCGUAUGCGCCGUUGUGGCAGUCAUCAUCCUCGAGGUCGGGCUUUCGCUGGCGGCGCUCUCGUUCGGUGCUCAUCUCUGCGAGGCGAGCAUGCCCAUUCUCAGGCGCUUACCCUCCGUCAACAAGAUCAGGUUCCUCGACUUUCUUGCCGUCUUUUUGGGAUUCGGAUGUUGGCUUGGAACGGUUUUCCUCGCCAUCUGGCCGCCUCAGAAUAGAUGGCGGCAGGACGCAGUGUUCGCAAUCGUGUUUGCUCCACUUGGCUGCAUUCUUAGAUUUUUGCUCUCCAUCAAGCUAAACAGCUUGAUUGCAAGGUUUCCACUGGGCACCUUCGUUGCCAACGUUUUUGGAUGCAUGGUGCUGGCCAUGUGUUACGAUCUGCAACGUGCUCCUCUUGCAUCUGCCGCUGGACAAGUAGGUGGCGGACUGGUCGGUUGCCAAGUAUUGCAAGGUGUGAUAGAUGGAUUCUGUGGAUGCUUAACCACAGUGAGCACGUGGGUUGCAGAGCUGAAAGGUUUACGAAAGAAGCACGCUUAUGAAUACGGCUUCGCGAGCGUUGCCGUGGGUCUUUCGUUCAUGAUUGUCAUCAUUGGUUCGCUCCAUUGGACUAUUGGGCUAAGCAAAGCGGUUUGUACAUCAUAAUCCAGCUUAGAUCUGCUCUUAGACAUUACACAAGGGUGCUCUGCAUGUAAAAACAUCGAGCUUCUUCUAGCACUGGCCUUUAGAGGCAUAGAAUGAUACUACCAUAGCAUUUUCUCG